AUGGAGACGAUCCAGGAGUUUGCUUACGGUGUCGCCAACACGAAGAAGGCCACCCUUUUCGCCGAGCACAUGGGCCUGCUGCACAAGGAGCGUCACAUUUACCAAUUCGUGCGCCAUCCCAAGAAAAACCGCUUCUCCAACAUGCUGCUGUUCAAUGAAGGGAGUGUGGUGCUGAAGGAACACCCAAAAGACAAAGAGGAGCCGUACUACCACGCGAACGAGGUCUCCACCAAGUUUGGCCACUACAUCUUGGCGCAAGCUCCGAUGGAAAACACCGUCCUCGAGUGGUACCACAUGAUCUGGCAGAAAGAAGUGCGUAUCGUCGUCGCGUUGGUGGACCCGGUGGGGAAGCCAGACGGCUGUUUUCCCUACUUUGAGGCCAAGAAAGGGAACGAGCGCAAGGUGAAGGGGUGGUACACGGUGCGCACGGUGAAUGCUCGCAGCGAGAACGCGCUCUCAAAUUAUGAGCUGAAGGUGUCGAACAAACACGAGAAGGAGGCUGGCGAUCGUAUGGUGCACGUGAUCUCCAUUUCAAACUGGAGGCACACCCAUAUGGCGAAGCCGAAGGAGAUGGUGGAGUUGCUGCUCAACGUGUGGGCCGAGGCGAAGGUGGUGGAGGGUGACGAUGAGGGCAAGACACCGGUGCUCGUCCACGGCACAGCCGGUGUCCGCCGUACAAGCGCCUUCGUCGCCUUCGCCACCGUCGCAAAAUCGAUCACCUCCAAAAACCAAGUGUGCAUCCCCAGCUUCAUCCGCUACCUUCGCCAGCUGCGCUACGGUGCCCUUCGCAACAAGACGUGCUACGCGACGCUGAUCUGCGCCUCGUUGCAGUACGCCUUCGACAAGGGACACAUCACCACCGACAAGCGCACCGAGUACAUGAAGGUUAUGAAGAUGAUCCCGGAAACGGUGCUCGGACGCGCUGCUGCUGCUGCACCUUCCGGCGGCACGCCAUCAGCCGAAGUUGCCGACACGGGCGGCGCCGAAGGAGAGGAAGGCGAGGGCGAGGAGCCACCGCCGGCGUCCGCCGAGAAGAAGAAAAAGAAGAAAUCGAAAGAGGGCGGCAAAUCGAAAGAAAAGGGCUCGAAGAUGUCAAAGGCGGGCGCCUCGGGCAAGGGCUCCGGCAAGGACAAGAAGAGCCGCACAAGGACCAAA